UCUACUCCACAACACUACAUUACAUGUUCUCUCGUUGUUUUACUUCCUCAAGAGCUCUAGCCGUGACUCUACGCCACCUCCCUCCGCCGCCCACCACCGCCCACUUAUUACCGCCGUUCUCGUCUACCACAUUUUCGCUCAAAACAAACGGUAAUAGCACUGUAAGGCUGUCGGUGUUUGUGAGAUCAAUGGCUUCCGACGGCAAUCAAUUCCCUCCACAAAAGCAGGAUUCUCAACCUGGGAAAGAACAUGUCAUGGAUCCCGCUCCCCAGUAUUCUUCUCAAGAUUAUAAGCCCUCCAACAAGCUUCAAGGUAAGGUAGCUCUGGUGACGGGAGGGGAUUCCGGCAUUGGGCGAGCUGUUUGCCAAUGCUUCGCGCUGGAAGGUGCAACGGUGGCGUUCACCUAUGUAAAAUCCCAGGAGGACAAGGAUGCACGGGACACCCUUCAAAUCUUAAAGAAAGCGAAAGUGGAGGGUGCAAAAGAGCCGAUGGCGAUACCGGCGGACUUGGGGUUCGAUGAGAAUUGCCGGAAAGUUGUGGAAUCAGUGGUCAAUUCUUACGGGAGGAUCGAUAUUCUGGUGAACAACGCCGCAGAGCAGCAUAAGACGUGGUCCAUUGAGGAGAUCGAUGAAACCCGGCUUGAGAGGGUGUUCAGGACUAACAUCUUUUCCCAAUUCUUCCUCGUCAAGCAUGCUUUGAAGCAUAUGAAGGAAGGGAGUUCAAUAAUCAACACAACCUCAGUGACUGCCUAUAAAGGAAGCCCAAAGCUGCUUGAUUAUUCAGCCACCAAGGGUGCGAUUGUGGCGUUCACCCGAGGGCUUGCGCUGCAGCUCGUGGAGAGAGGGAUACGUGUUAACGGGGUGGCGCCCGGGCCGAUAUGGACGCCAUUGAUCCCCGCUUCGUUUAGCGAAGAGGAGUGUGCAGAGUUUGGGAAACAGGUGCCAAUGAAGAGGGCCGGUCAGACCAUCGAGGUGGCUCCAUCCUAUGUUUUCCUCGCAUCUUGCCCCGAAUCGUCCUACAUCACGGGCCAAAUCCUCCACCCCAAUGGUGGGACGAUUGUUAACGGUUGAGGAUGGCAUAUGCGCAUUCUGGAAAGAGUUAUUUUAGUUAAUUAUGUUAGCUAAGCCUAGCCUCUCCUCUUAGCUUGAUAAUAAGUAUUAAUUACAAAAUGGUCUGCUUAGCUAGCUAGCUAGCCUGUUCUUUAUGUCUCUGUUGCAAUUAAGUAAGUGGGUUUCUUUAA